AUGAAGACAUUAGAACCAUUUUAUUUAUCCAUUGUUGCAUUAUACUUAAAAGGAACAACAACGUUUCAAUUAUUUCUAAAAGUUAGUAAGAAUUGUGAAAAUGCUAUUAAAAUGCUUCAUAUUAAUCCAUAUAAUGUGGUGGCAUAUCUUCCAUAUUUAAUAAAAGUUAUUCCAAAUAUUAGUGCUUUAUAUAUUAAUGCUUUAGAAGCACAAGAUUUAUUAACAAGUAAAGAAGUUGAAAUGAUAACAUGGAUCGAUUCAACAAAAAAUCAAUGCGACAUAUCUAAAUUAAAUGAAACAAUAUCUGAAAAGGUUUUAAAUGUAAGAAUAAACAAUUCUCAAAUACAAUUUCUUUAUAAACUAAAAAAUGUUCAAAAAGUUAUUAUUGAACAAAUUAAUAAUAUUAAUGAACAAAAUAUUGCAAUUUUAAAACAUUUACAAAGUUUAAAAAUCUUAGUGUUAUAUUUCAAAAAGAUUAAUCAAGAAAGUAUUGAUUUAAUUGUUAGAUAUUCUCAACAACAAUCAUUUGUUGUUAUUAAUAUUGUAGUAGAUAAUUAUUUCAAUAGAAUUGGAGAAACUAAGAAUAUUCAUUAUUUUAAUCAUAUUAAACAAGAAAAAGUUAUGUUAGGUGAAGAAGUUAUAACUUUUAAUAAUUGUAUUCUUGAUGAAGAAACAUUCCAAUUUAGAUUAAACAAAUAUUCAAUAAAUAGAAUAAAAGAACUUAUUAUUGAAACAGAUAUUUUAGAUAUUAAGUCAUUGUGUUUAAAUAACUAUAUAAUUUCUAAAUUAUCAAUAACAAUUCAUAAAGGAUGUACAUUUUUUUUAAAACUUCCUUCUAAAUUAGAAGAAUUAAAUAUUAAUGCACCAAAGUGUAUUAUUUUGAUGAAAGAUACUAAAGAUUGGAAAAUUAGACGAAUCUCAAUAAAAUGUGAUAUUAGAAUAGUUGAUAAUGAAUUUAAAGAAGUAUCUAAAACACAAUUAAUAAAUAUAAACGAGGUUAUUAAUUAUUUUAAAUUUAUUUCAUAUAAUGGAAAGUAUAGAUUCAAUGGAGUAUGUAACUUAGUAACAUUACAUCUUGAAUGUGCUUUUGAUUUCCUUGAAUUAGAAAAUCAACACAAUAGUAUGAGGUGGUAUAAUCAUAAUAUUGUAGAAUGCAUAAUUGUUAAUAGAUGGUGUAAUUGUACUAUCAAUUGUCCAUUUAGUUUUAUAUAUUCAAAAUUUUGGUUGGAAUCUGGAGCUUAUGAGAUGACUUCAAUAGAGAAUGAUAAUGAAAAAAUAAUUGCUAGUCCAUUAAUUGCAAAAAUGGAUGAUUAUUAUUUGAAAGAGCAUGGAUUGAUUAAAAGUCGGGAUAGUAAUACUUCUUAUAAAAAGAUUUUAAUAAGAUAUAACACUAGACCAUAUGUCCUAGAAUUGACUGAUGGUUUAAAGAAGUUAAAAUGCCAAGUCAUGAGAUGUUUUGAAAUGGACUAUGGUGACUAUAAUUAUUUCUUAAAGCAUGGUGUGUAUGUACUUAAAAGUAAAAACUUAAAUAAACUAGAUCUUAAAUCUAGUAUAAAACACAUUUUAAAUUUAUUAAUUGGAGAUAAAAAAAGAAUAGUAGAUAAUGAAUAUAAUCUUGAAAUCAGAACAGGACAAGAUUAUAUAUUCUUUAAUGACUUUCUUGCUGGAUAUGGAAAUAAAAACAAUAAACGUGGAGCAAUAAAAAUUCCUGUUGAUCAAGAUGAAACUGCCAUUAUUUAUUACAGUAAUUCACUUUCUAUAAUUGAUAACUCUUAUCAAACAGCAACUGACAAUAACCAAAAGGUUUUAUACAAAGACUCAUUAAAAGAGAACAAAUACAAACCAAAUGAGAUAAAAAGAUUACUCAAAGAAAAUAAAAAAGAACAAGUACUUGAAUUGUUAGAUUAUGAAAAAGAAGAUGAUGAAGAUAUUGAGUGUCUUGAUGAAGAGGCUGAACAAUAUUUAUGGAAAGAAUAA